GAUUGCUUGCAGCCGUAAAAAUAGCGUCCAGCCGAAAAUCAAGCUACAUGUAGCUAGUCGAAAAUCCGGCCCGAAUUUCGUGCCAAUUUCAGCCUGGUCAAUUUCAGCCUGGUGUCAGACAGUACAGUGGAGACAUGGACACUGUUUAAUCACUAAUGAAAAUAAUUUCGAUGAAAUAACAGUAGGCCUACUAUCAAGACUAAAAAGCAACUCACAUAGUUAAGGUAGCAACAGUAAAAUGAAAUUACCAUGAAUCGGAGGCAGAAAUUCUACAGUAUUGACAGGCAACGAGAAUUAGGCUUCAGGAAUGAACGAGCCACAAGAGACGCCAUCGUUGGAAGCACAGAUUUUAUGCAGAGAUUGAAACUGGAAGCCAAGCUGGAUAUUCACAGAGGAUGUGUGAAUACUAUCAGCUGGAAUGAUAGUGGUUACAGAAUCCUGUCCGGUUCUGAUGACAAACAACUUUGUAUUUCUGAUCCAUACACACGCAAGAAACUUACCAACAUAGCAUCUGGACAUCGAGCUAAUAUCUUCAGUGCUAAAUUUAUGCCAAUGUGCAAUGAUAGUCAGAUUGUUUCAUGCUCUGGGGAUGGUCAAAUAGCAUUCAAUGAUGUGGAGAAUUCUGCACACCAUGGUGAACAUAUGUUCAACUGCCACUAUGGGACUGCUUAUGAGGUGGUAACUGUGCCAAAUGACCCAUACACUUUCCUGUCUUGUGGUGAAGAUGGCACUGUCCGAUGGUUUGAUCUUCGCAUCAAGAAUAAAUGCACGAAGGAAGAAUGUCGAGAGGAUGUGCUUAUCAACUGCCGUCGUGCUGUGACAUCACUAGCAAUCAAUCCCAUCAUGCCUUAUCAUCUAGGUGUUGGUUGCUCAGACAGCUCAGUACGUGUGUUUGAUCGUAGGAUGCUUGGAACUCGAUCAACAGGUAACUACAGCGGUCGAGGUGUACAAGGUAUGUUCUGCCGUUUCUGUCCGUCACAUCUUCAAAAUAAAUACAGUCGGCCAACAUCCCUCCAGUAUUCCACUGCUGGUAAUGAGAUACUAGUUAGUUACUCUUCAGAUUACAUCUAUUUGUUUGGUGCGGAUAAAUCCAAGAAGGAGACAGUAUGGGAACAGCAAGAAGGGUUGUCUGAGAUAAGUCUGGGGGCCUCAGGAGGAUCGGCCAUACCUGAUGUUGAUGAGAAUCCUGUGGUCAAUCCAAUCAAGCGGCUACGUCUCCGUGGUGACUGGUCUGAUACUGGACCCAAAGCAAGGCCAAGAGCUGAACAGGCUGGGUCUCAACCCCGUCUUACUAUCAUCCAACGUAUGUCUGAGAUGCUAACUCGUUGGUUAGAUGACACAACGUCCUCUCACGCUAGACGUGCAGCUGCAGCAUCAUCAGGUGAAGCUGGCCAUUCCCAAGAACAACCAUUGAGUGAUACAGCAGGGCCAUCCACAUCACAGCAAACAACUUCCCACUUCAGCUCAUUGCAGAGAACUUCAACUGAACAUGCAGCAAGUGCUGCAAUUCAGCGACGACUGAAAGAUGCAAUGACAUCUCAAAUCAAAGCAAAGAAACAAACCUCUACCGCUGAUGAGGCAUCAACAAGUAACACAAACCAUACACUAGAUGACAUCCCCUCAAUAAAGCCUCUAUCCACUCUUGACACAUUGUCCCUUGACACAAAUCAGAGAAGCGAUCGGGAUAGGUCAUCACAGGAACAAAGCAAAGACAUUAAUGUGAGUGAAAGUGAGAAAUUGCAAUGUGAAGAUUGUGAAACACUUCCAACAGAAUUCACAGCAGGCAUCAGUGCAAUAUCGAGUAGUGUGCAAUCAUGCCUACAGAUAUCACCUAAAAACUCUAAAGCAGAUGAAAAAAAUGUAGCAUCUGAUUCAGAGGAUCACUGUGAAGUUACCGAAGGCAAGGUUUGUGUUGAGAUGCAGUCUGCUGACAAUAACAAAACUGACUCUAAGAAAAGAAAAAGAAGUCCAUAUAGUUCAACAUCUGGUAGUCUGACAGAUGAUCCAACCCUGGAGAAAGAUCACCUUGAUAUGUCAGGCAAGCUACGCAGUAAAAGGAACAGCAAGAACCAUCGAAAGGUGACAAGAGAAGAAUCUUCAGCCAGCGACUCAAGCUCUAGUGAUUCAGAGUUUAACAAGAUUCCUAAGAAAUAUGUUGGUUGCAGGGAUGAUGGGUUUAGUCCAACACCAUCAAGAUCUGCUGAUUCAAACAGAUGUAGAACUGAUAGCCAAGAUGUUAGUCAUAGUAGAGACCUAAAACUAAGAAGCUGUUCUGAAAACCUUUUUAAAGCAGAUGCUAAAAUGAAUGAGAGUGAGAAACAACAGUUACAGGAAGCAGAAGUACAAAUGGAAUGUAAAGCCAGCCCACGGUCACCCAAGACUUCAAAAGAUACUGGUCAUGCAUCGCUUCAAAAAUUCCGUACCACUGACCAGAGUCAUGCUAUGGAAACCUGCAAGGAGGCUAAAGGAACAGUCAGUCAGAGGAAUGAAGAAUGUCAUGCUGCAGAGAAUCAAUCGACAAUAUUUGCUUUUCAUGACAGAAUGGAAGAUACUAAUCCUCAGGAACGAAAAACUGGACAGUACAGUGUAUUUCAUCAAAGGCAACGUCGUGUUAGUGUAAGUGGGCCUGCUGGUACCCCACCACCUAUAAGUCAUAUUGAAGGGACAUCGAGCCAGGAUACUAAACUACUGUCUGUUGGAGACCUCACAGUAAGACCAGUAGGUGCAACAGGAUCCAGUGUGACAACAGGGCACGGAAAUUCGCAGCUGAUUUUGGCGACGAUGAACCAGACAAUCUCACCCCAAGUUGGAUUGAGUGUUUCAAGGCCCGAUGGGGAAUCAGCAGAGUUGAGAAAGGUGAAUCCGGCAGUGUCGACAGGGCCCUAUUCAACUAUUGGAAAGAAAGGCAUCUGCAACGACUACUAGAGAAGUACCAACCAGAGGACAUUAAUAAUGCCGAUGAAACUGGCCUCUUCUGGCAAAUGCUCCCGGAAAACAGAGCACACGUAACUCUGCUCGUUUGUGCGAACAUGGAUGGCUUGGACAAGCUCCCCAUGUAUGUCAUUGACAAGAGUAAAAAACCAUGUACAUUCAAAAAUGUACGUCACGUUCGACAACAUCGAACUGGUAUUUCUACUGCCGAAUACCACAAGCUGUACCCAACCGAUGGAUGGUGGUGUCAUCGAGAACUUUCACCACCGAAGGACUCUGACAACCCAUCACCUGGAGGCAGCUGAGGGAAAUUCCCCCUUCAAAUGGGAUCUCCUUGACGCCCUUUUUGCUGUCAAGAAUGCAUGGCGUCAGGUCAGUCAAGCUACUGUUGCCUAACUGCUUCCGAGGAGUUGGAUAUGUUCGCCCUGAUGAGACAGGUCCAGCAGAAACUCCAUCUAUCAAUGAUGCUCUGCUGCAAAAUGAAGGAGAAGCACGUCAGUAUCUAGGACAAUCUAGUGGACAUCCUCGGCCAGGACAGGAUACCAUCACUUGGAGGUAACACCCAGCAGCUCACGGAUGAGGAGAUCAUUGACUCUGUGAGGUCCACAAAUACCAACUCGGAUACGGAGGUUGAAGAUGUUGAACCCACUGGCAGUGUUGAUGAGGUCCCCAGUGAUCCUUGUAUCCAUGAGGCAUUCAAAGCUCUUGAUGUUGUUAGGCACUUUGCUUUGUCCACAGAAGUUUUCCCGGCAAGUCUGAUUGAUUUUGGAGAUUGCGUGGAAACCUUUCUUUACCCAUGAGAAUGAAACAAUCACAAAUCACUGAUUUCUUUUGAACUUGGACAGUAGGCCAGAAUGAUUUUUAAUUUAAUCGAUGUUGUACCUUCCCUUUCACAGCGUGAAUUUACAAAUGUGUUGCGAAAUUUGCCAGUGCUUCACACUUUGCCAAACACAACUUGAAAAGAAGUAGACCGGGGCCUUAAGUUGUCUUUUUUCCCCCCCGAAGUUGUGUAGUAAGCUUAAUAGAAGUACAGUGUAUACCAAAUAAUUGAAUGAAAAACGUGGGAAACUUGCAAGGUGAAGCAUUGUUAGCCGUUUAUUGUUGAAACAUUCCUUUUCAUAAUGAAAAAAUACCUGGAAAGGGGUUUGUGAAUGUAGCCAAAUUUACUAGUGUUGUCAAACAUGCCUAAAUGAAUUUUAAGUUUUCCGAGUAAUUUUUGAGGUUGGAUCAAUAACGAAUGGCCAAAAAUAAGUUCAGAUACAGCAUGAAAAGGAAAUGUGCGAGGGAGCACAUGUACAUGUAAUUCCUAUUUUAAAACUUUUUUUACUUUUGUGAGACUGCAUUUUAUUUGCAACAAAAUACACCACCACAUGCGCGAUAGAGAAGGGCUUUCCAGUAUAAACAAUAAACAAUACCGGUAGACUGUGAGUACAGUAUCGUUUUAAAUUGUCUGGACUCCUGCGUGAAUCAUGCAGGCCCCCAAAAUACCAAUGUUUAGUAGCUAGAUUUUCAGGCUUGGGUGGCUUUGAUUUUCACGUUAUCCACCCUGGCUUGCGUGGACAUUCUUUUCUUUGGAAAAAAUUUUCAAGGGCACCGAAUACGGUAUAGGACGCCUGCUCCAAUUUCCUCAGCUUGCCUUUCCAUGUAACCUACGUCAGUGCAUGGAAAAUGAUUUUCAAGUGACAGUAUUUACGGUUUAAUAAUGUUCAGUUUCAUGUUUAAUUGUCACCAUUUCGUCCUGACAAUAAAAGCACAAUUUCGUUUGUUUACCGCUAAUCAUCACUGUUUACACACCACCGCUAUUUAAAGUUAAUCACAUUACACAAUGGCGAUCUUGACACUCCACUAGAAGUACUGUAAGCCUACACAUACGUUCAUGAAAAAUGGACUGACUUGAUCAUGUACAUGUAUGUAACAUGUGCAGGUGAAUUAUGGAUAUCUGUCUUUUGAAUUCAGUUUGAUUAUCCCAAACUAUCAAUAUUUUCUUGGAAGGAUGAUCAGAUGAAGUACCGCCUGUUUUGUCUGGGCUAUGUAAGGUCACUGAAGGUGCAUAGCAUACGAUGUCAAUACCGUCCGAACGGGCGUCAAUACCAUCUGAACGGGCAUCAAUAUCAUCCGAACAGGCUGUUUUGGCAAAUGGUGUCAUUAAACAGCAUGAAAUUUGCGCGGUAAAAUCGAGCUACAGUCUAUGUCUGUCAAAUUUAUAUAUUGAUUUUCUGUAGAUCCAUAUGAUCGUUUCC